AUGGCAGAAGAAGCGGAGCUGAGCGAGGAGCAAAAGAAAGAGAUCGCCAAAUGGUUCCUCCUCAACGCUCCCACUGGCGAAAUCCAAUACGUUGCCAAAGAUUUAAAAUCGGUUUUGAAUGAUGAUGACGUGUACAACGAGGAAGCAUCGGAGGCAUUCCCCGUUUACAACAAAUCUCACAUGAUUUGCCUCGAAAUGCCUGGUAGAUUUGGAGAUGUGCUUGCUACAUCUUAUGGGGAGCUUCAGGAUAAUGAGUAUCUUGACCCCAAGACUGCCCAAGUUGCCGUAGUUGACCAUAUCAAACAGGUUUGUACAGAGGUGAGACCUGCCACCGAUGAGGAGCUUCCAUCCCCAUAUAUCGAGGAAUACCGAUGAGCUCUGGAAGCAGAAAUGGUAAAGUAUGUUGGUGAAGCUUAUCCAAAAGGUUUUUGUUCAAUUAACUGUAUUAAUUGAAAAGAUGUGGAGGAACCCGGAUCUGAUUUUGAGCUUGUUGUAGUGAUUUCUGCUGCUAGACUUAGCCCACAGAAUUUCUGCAAUGGAUGUUGGCAGUCAAUAUGGAACAUUGAGUUCAAAGACGAUAUUCCAAUGCUGGAAUUAAAAGGCAAAAUGCAGGUGGGUGCACACUAUUUUGAAGAAGGAAAUGUGCAAUUAGAUGCAAAACAUGAAUGUAGAGAUUCUGCAAUGUUUCAGUCCCCUGAUGAUAGUGCAAUUGCCAUAGCCAGCAUAAUUCGCCACCAUGAGGCAGAGUACCUGGCAUCUCUUGAGGCAUCCGAUUUGAAUUUGCCAGAUACCACUUUCAAGGAUCUUCAGAGGAAACUUCCAGUCACUCGGACCCUAUUUCCAUGGCAUAACACUUCACAAUUCAGCCUGACAAGAGAGAUUUCAAAAGAACUCGGAAUUGGGAAGUUACCAUACCAUAUGAAAAGGCAUAAAGCACAUUCCUUCAUGCACAAAAUCAAGUUUGACAAGAUCCAUAAUCACCAGAUUGAUUGUAUGUUUAGUGCAGUUAUCUGUAAUUUGGUGUGCAAGUUGUCUUCUCCUGUAAGAAUCUCAAUUUUGUUAUGCUAUCCCGCAUCAUUCUUUACAAGCCAUGUAUAGCAUUGCUUCGAACAGUUCCAACCUUUUUAUUUGCUUGUGAUGGU